GAAGACCUGAACUCCGUCUGAAAGCGAGAAGAAAGAACAUUCUAACCAUUUAUAAAAUACAUCCAAAUAUUCCAGCGAGGUGACAGGAUGGCAGAGCCUCGUUUUAACAACCCCUACUUCUGGCCUCCGCCUCCAAGCAUGCCUGGUCAGCUGGAUAACCUAGUCUUGAUCAAUAAAAUCAAGGAACAGCUGAUGGCAGAGAAGAUACGUCCUCCACACCUGCCCUCCACCACAGUCCCUUCCCAGCAGCCCUUGCUGGUCCCGGCCACCCAGACAGAAGGCGGGCAGCACGGUAUGCCCGGUCCCAAGGUCCAGCAGAUGGGCGGGGGACUCCACAGUCACAGCCCGUCUCAGCCAGACAUCGCCCUUCACGCACGGCCAGCCUCCAGCACAGUGGCAGGUAGCUACCCUGGUCCCUCCCUGUUCGUUCAGUCGUCAGGUAGCUACCCUGGUCCCUCACUGGUCUCUUACCCAUCAGGGCGUAUCCUUGGUGAUGUAAACUUGAAUCUGGAUGAUAAGACAGCUAUAAAGGCUAGAGGACUGUGGGAGGACUGGCAUUUGCGUCAAAUCAUAGACCAGCCCUCUCGAACAAACCACCUCUCAGGUUUGACCCUCUCCUCUCGGACAGCCAAUCACAACACAUCAGAAGCAAUCACACAGACCACACCCACCUCCAGCAGCCAUAGCAGGCUAGGGGUUGCCCCCAGCCUCAUCGCGGGAUUGGCCGGCGGGCACGGGAUGGAGCCCAUCAAAAGCAACGGAGGCCUGGCUGGACUUUUAGGACCCCAACCCAAAGUGGAGCGAGGGCGUAAGAAGAUCAAGGCUGAGAACGGGGCUGGUCCUCUCCUGGUGGUGCCCUACCCCCUCCUGGCCCCUGGGAACGACCAGCCCUGCCUCACCAUCACUGCCAAAGAGGGCAAAACGUACAGGUGUAAAGUGUGCCCGCUGACCUUCUUCUCCAAGUCCGACAUGCAGAUCCACUCCAAGUCGCACACGGAGGCCAAGGCCCACAAGUGUCCCCACUGCUCCAAGUCCUUUGCCAACGCCUCCUACCUGGCCCAGCACCUGCGCAUCCACCUGGGAGUCAAGCCCUACCACUGCUCCUACUGUGAGAAGUGCUUCCGCCAGCUGUCCCACCUCCAGCAGCACACCAGAAUUCACACAGGUGACCGGCCUUAUAAAUGUGCCCAUCCAGGAUGUGAAAAGGCUUUUACUCAACUCUCCAACCUGCAGUCCCACCAGAGACAGCAUAACAAAGACAAGCCCUUCAAGUGUUCCAACUGCUACCGUGCCUACUCGGACUCGGCCUCGCUGCAGAUCCACCUGUCAGCCCACGCCAUCAAGAACGCCAAAGCCUACUGCUGCAGCAUGUGUGGCAGGGCCUACACCUCAGAGACGUACCUCAUGAAGCACAUGUCUAAACACACGGUAGUGGAACACCUGGUGUCCCACCACUCUCCUCAGAGGACAGAGUCUCCCAGCAUCCCUAUACGGAUCUCCCUCAUCUGACAACUUCCUGUCGGACUGGACGGCCCGCCUCCACCCCGUCACCCAGCAACCCCUCCCACUGGUCCAUCAAGCCAGAUUCCUCUGUGAUGUCAGCCGACUUUCACCCCAGUGCGACCAAUCCCAGAUGACGGUUGUUGUCGUUUUGUUUUCCCCUUGACAGGGUCUAAAAUGUGCGCAAAUAUUUGUACCUCAUUAUAAGGUAGCCUCUUCUUUUUAUAUAUUGUUCUCUCCUUCUUUAUCAUUGUAGAUGUUGAAUGGUAUUAAUGGGGAAUGUUUGGGGCAUCCAAAGAUGAAUUAACAGCACUUUCAGGCCUUGAGUACUGGCCCAAAAAAGAUUUUAGUCUAAUAAGACAAAAAAAAGUAUUGUUCCUGGCAGCUAAAAUGUCAACCCUUCUUGUUAUAGAGUACUACUCUCACUUGCUCUUCAUAUUGUCUAUUCUGUUUUCCUCUAUCCUCUGUGGAAACUUGCAUUGGAAUGUAUAUCUUCCUUUAGGCAGGCCAACUGACCAAUGACCAUAACAAUGUGAGUUGGAUUUAUCGUUUAUGUGCCCCAGUCAAUGUUUGCGUUAGUUUGAAGAUGUUUUCACUUAAGCUUUCCUACACUUUAGUCUGCAAUGCACACACAUUUCUCUCAACUGUAGGGUAAAUGUUUUAUUGCUUUUAAAUUUGUAUUAUACACUCAAAAAAAACGAAUAUUUGCUGAAGGCAAUCCUCAACCAAAAUGUAAUUGGAAUUUUAAAAUAUUUGGACUUAAAAUAUGCACUGCCAUGUAGCGAGAUUUUGAAUGAGUAUUUCUUAAUGCUAUACAAUAUGUGCACACUGUUCAAACUCAAACCAGUUGUUCUAUUGGACAUGUGUUCUGUUGUAUGUGUGUGUGAACCCUCUGUCCUGUAAGCUAGGCUUGUGAGUAUGUUUUGGUCAGGUGUGCAUGUUGGUCUUCUUACCACGGUAAAGUACUUUUUUCCAUAUUGGAGGACAUCUCCCAGAAAAGUCAAGGAUACUUCUCAUGUCUGCAAGAAUGUAACCCUCAAUAGACCCGUCCUUGAAUAGUAUACUUUACAGUUGAAACCAGGGCAUCAUGGGAAAGAUGUUCAUAGUUCUUAGUUGGAUCUCUGGAGUCUAUAGGCUGUUGCACAUGUCCAUUCCUCUUUUUCCUCUAGUGUUUGAGGAGAAGAUCUAACCUCAUAUUUCUCAAGCUUCUACUGCAGUUGACUGGAGAGGUGAGGAGAUGGGACGCUAGACUUCUGAGAUUCAACCUCAGUGUUUCUAAACCGUCCCACCAAGAGGGCUGAGUGGAUGGCAGUAGCCAGCCUCAGAAGGGUGCUCGUCGGUUUAGAUCUGUUCAACUGUGCCAAGCGUUUGUCAUCUCCAAGACUGAUGCUGGGGUAUACACUUGACAUGUAUUCUUGAUGGGUGUUCGUUAAGUGUAUAGAUAUAUUUAUGUACAAAAGCCCUAUUUCUUGUCUUCUCAUGUAUAAAUAUUAAUUUGCUAUUUUUUAUACAGUUAAGCCUUAACUUUAUAACUAUGUUAAUCAUCACAUCUUGUUUGUUUUCCUGUUUUUCACUACUCAGUACUUUUAUGCAUUUUUUCUCAUAGCAUGAAAUAUACUGUAAAUAAACUAUAUUAACUGUUAACCUUUUUAUAGUAAAUGAUGUGUAGCUAAUGCAUUGUGGUCCCCAAUAGGUUGCCUUGGCUACACUUCAGUCUAUAGACUCUAAGAGAGAAUUGACUUUGUACCAAUGAGAAAACAAAUUAAAGACUGGAAAU